AUGAAUUAUAUUUCUUUUGAUUACACGAAUCCAAAAGAAAAUAGUUAUCUUCCCAAAACAGUUAAGCCUUUUGAAGAAUAUCCAUAUUAUUAUAAUAAAUAUUACGAAGGCUAUCCUUAUACAGAAUAUCCUAAAAAAUCAUAAUUGUAUAACAUAUAAAAUCAAAUUUCAUGUAUAGGCUAUGAUAAAUAAACUGAUAUGCUAAAAUCAAAUAUAGUUUUUUUAGAUAAUAAACCUCCUCGAACAUAUAGAAGUAGUUAUACUAUAUAUAAAUAAGGUUCAGAUAACACAACUUAUGAUAAAAAGUAUAGGUUUUAAUAAGAAAAAAAUGAAAUUGUAUAAAAUUUAAGUAGUGUAUUUGAAAAAAAUUAAGAUUUAGAAAAAACAUUAUCUUUUUUAGAUUAUUAUUGUUAUAGUUCUGAAUUAGAAAAAUAAAGUCGAGAAUCUGAACUAAAAACUGUUUUCAGAGAACAUUAAGAAAAUAUAGCAAAAAAAGAAUUAUUAUUUGUUUUAUAAGAAAAUAUAAUAUAUGAAAGAGAAUUGGAAAAUAUUAGAUAAAACUUAGCCCGGUAAAAUGAUUUUUCAAUUAUUUAAUUGUAUUUUUUAUUUGAUAAUGAUUAAAUUAAUGAAAUUUAACCUUUUGAAUUUGAAAGUGGUUUAAAAAAAUUAGAUAUUAAAGCUGAUUCUCUUGACAUUUUUUUAACCUUAAAUAGAUAUUCUUAAGAUGGAAAUGAUUAAAUUGGUCUUUAGGAAUUUAUAAACAUGAUAAAACCUUAUAGAAAAGAUAAUAUUUAUGAUCAUAUAUUUUAAGACAAAAAAAUUUCAUAUAACUACAUGAAUUAACUUACAAAACAAUAUAUAAUUAAAUUAUUUAAAUCUAUACUAAGCUAAGAAUCUGCUAUGUAACAUUAUAGAUAUGAAUUGAAGAAAAAAGAAAUAAAAAUAGAAGAUGCUUUCUAAGAUAUAGAUUAAAAUAAUAGGUAAUCUUUUACUCGCUAAGAGUUUUUGUAAUGGAUGAAAGAAAACGGUAUUUAUGUUACAAAUUAUGAGAUGGAAGGCUUAUUUUAAAGAUUUGAUAGAAAAAAUAGUGGUUCAGUAAAUUUAAAAGAGUUUGCAUACGAAUUAAAACCUAAAUAAUAUAAAAAAAUAUAAAAUAGAUGA